AUGGCGGCUGGGGAACAGCGCCCCUGUUCACUGCUGUUUGGGGAAGGUGUUGCCUGGCGUAUCUGUCCCUUCCUGGCCCGCCAGCUGACGCUCGCCAUCCCCAUCAUCGCUGCCAUCCUCUUCUUCUUCGUCAUGAGCUGCCUGCUGCGGACCAGUUUCACCGACCCCGGGAUCCUGCCCCGGGCCACCGUCUGUGAGGCAGCUGCCCUGGAGAAACAGAUCGAUAACACAGGCAGUUCCACAUACCGGCCACCGCCUCGGACCCGGGAGGUGAUGAUCAACGGGCAGAUGGUCAAGUUGAAGUACUGCUUCACCUGCAAGAUGUUUCGGCCACCACGGACGUCACACUGCAGUGUCUGUGACAACUGUGUGGAACGGUUUGACCAUCACUGUCCUUGGGUGGGCAACUGUGUGGGGAGACGGAACUAUCGCUUCUUCUACGCAUUUAUUCUCUCCCUCUCGUUCCUGACGGCCUUCAUCUUCGCCUGUGUGGUCACCCACCUGACGCUACGCUCUCAGGGAAGCAACUUCCUCUCCACUCUGAAGGAGACACCAGCAAGUGUGCUGGAGUUGGUGAUCUGCUUCUUCUCCAUCUGGUCCAUCCUGGGCCUCUCAGGGUUUCAUACUUACCUCGUCGCCUCCAACCUGACAACUAACGAAGACAUCAAAGGCUCGUGGUCCAGCAAGAGGGGCGGUGAGGCCUCCAUCAAUCCCUACAGCCAUAGAAGUGUUAUCACCAACUGCUGUGCUGUGCUCUGCGGCCCCCUACCUCCCAGCCUGAUUGACCGAAGGGGAUUUGUGCAGUCUGACACCGUGUUGCCCUCACCCGUCAGAAGCGAUGAGCCAGCCUGCGGAGCCAAGCCCGACGCCAGCAUGAUCCGUAAGGUGUCAAGACUCUGCAGGAAUCUGGCCUUACAGCCUGCCCCCUCCCAGCAUCAGGCAUAG